AUGAUGGAAGCCAUACAAGAAGAAGAUCUUUUGAAUCUUAGUUUAGCAAUUGUUACUGAUCGUUCAAGCCCGGAAAGAAAAAGAAAGAGGGAGAUAAAAGCUCUUAGUUUCAAUCCAUUAAACUUCUAUGAAGGAAGUGAAGGGAAGAUCUUUAGACUACUUCAAAUGAGAGAACAAAUGUUAAAACCAGACAGUAAAAGAAAAGGAGUAGUAGUUCUUGAAGAUGGAAAAGGUCUUCAUUUAAUUCAUUUGCUUCUCAUUACUGCAACUGCUGUUGAUGAGAACAAUAUUCCUUCUGCUUUGCAAAAUCUAACUGAAUUAUACCAAAGUGUAUCAUUAACAGGCGAUUCUGUUCAACGGGUUGUUGCUUAUUUUGCAGAUGGAUUAUCUGCCAGGGUUUUAACUCGAGAAUCUCCGUUUUAUGAGAUGAUCAUGAAAGAACCGACAAGCGAAGAAGAAUUCAUGGCUGUCACUCAUCUCUAUAGAGUCUCUCCCUAUUAUCAAUUCGCGCAUUUCACUGCAAACCAAGUAAUACUCGAAGAAUUUGAGAAAGAAGCAGGAGAAAACAAUAACCGUGCUUUGCACGUUAUUGAUUUCGAUGCUUGCUAUGGGUUUCAGUGGCCUUCUUUAAUACAAUCUGUCUCAGAGAAAGCUACAUUUAGUAAUCGGGUAUUUCUUCGAAUAACAGGAUUUGGAAGAAGCAUUGAAGAAUUGCAAGAAACUGAGAGUAGAUUAGUUAGUUUUUCGAAAGGGUUUAAAAAUUUAGUGUUUGAGUUUCAAGGAUUAUUAAGAGGAUCAAAGAUGAUUAAUUUCAAGAAAAGGAAGAAUGAAACAGUAGCCGUUAAUUUAGUUUUUCAUCUAAAUACUUUAAAUGAUCCUCUUAAAAUUUCUGAUACGUUAAAAUUAGUGUACUCAUUUAAUCCUUCUAUUGUUAUUUUGGUAGAGCAAGAAAGUAGUAGAAGCCCUAGAAGCUUUUUAUCAAGAUUUAUGGAGUCUCUACAUUAUUUUGCAGCAAUGUUUGAUUCUUUAGAUGAUUGUCUUCCAUUAGAGAGCUUAGAAAGGUUAAGUAUAGAAAAGAAUCAUCUUGGUAAAGAAAUUAAAUGUAUGCUUAAUUUUGAUAAAGAAAAUAGUUAUUGUCCAAGAUUUGAGAAGAUGGAGACAUGGAAAGGAAGAAUGGAGAGCCAUGGAUUUGCAGGUUUGAAAUUAAGUUCAAAGUGUUUGAUACAAGCGAAGCUUCUUUUGAAAAUUAGAACCCAUUAUUGUCCUCUGCAAUUUGAUGGAGAAAGUAGUAAUGGUGGAUUUAGAGUAUUUGAAAGAGAUGAUGGGAAAGCUAUUUCUCUCGGAUGGCAAGACAGGUGUUUACUUACUGCCUCUGCAUGGCGUUGUGUAUGA